CACUCUGUCUCGCGGCGCGGCUGCGGAGCCAGCCAGCUACACGGGGCCCGCCAGUUACGCAACAAUAACAACGCCGUGAGGAGGUGCGUAGCGUCGUGCGGCGCGCGACACCGCAACGCGACACCCGUGAAUCGUGUGUAGUGUAGUGUGCGUCCGGACCCGUUCGCGUCCGCACGCGGGCGAUCACUUGUUGACAGCGACGCGGGUGUGGGGCAGAGCGACCGGCGCGGGGGGGAAGAGAACGCGAGGCGAUCGUCUCGUCGAGAGGAAAAAAAAAUCGACUUUCGCGCGCGAAUUCCGACUCCGCGCGCGCGCGCGGGGCGACGGCGGGGAGCGGUGACUCGGGAGAGAAUCCGUCGCGGGCGAAUCUUGAGUGCGAGAGAGUGUGGAGAGAUCUCCGGAGGAUCUGGCGAUCGAUCCAUCGAUCCGGGAUCGAGAGCGAGAAAGCGUGACUCGGACGCCGGCUGGCACGCGGGAAACGCGUGAAGCGACUUCCGUCGAGUGCCGGGAAAUACGAAAAAGAAAAAAAUCGAGCGAGUCGCUCUCGGAUGGAGAACGCGCUGGAGGUGUCGAUCGGCGCGGUGGAUCAUCGGUGAGGAGCGUCGAGUCGAUGAAUGGAGCGACAGUGACGGCGACAGGCGCGCCGAUCGAUCGUGGAUCACCGCGAAUCGGCUGGAAGAGCCUCGAGAUCGAGCGAGUCGAUAGAUCGUAACCGGUGCGCGAUCCCCGCGAGCAAACGAGGUCGCCUUGCCGCGCGCCGAUAGAUCGGCCGGAGAACCCGCUACCGAUUUCUCGGAGCAGGGAGACCCCGAGAGAGAGCGAGAGAGAAGGAGAGGAGGAGGAAAAGGCGCGAGACGCGCGAGCGACUCACGGCGACGCGUUUAGGCGCCAAUGACGUCACCGUGCGAGUGAGACCGCCGCCGGGGGAAUUCGCGGUCGGAGUUUCUCGCCGCGCGCUUACGCGUCCCCCGACACGAGGCGGACGCGGGGCGACGCGGCGCGACGCGACGCAACGCUCGGCAGUGCCGCGUUCGCCGGCGAUGGUAGCAGCGGCGGUGGUAGUAGUGGUGACCGCGCGGUAGUAGCGGUGGUUCGCUCCACGUCGUCGUCGCCGUCGCCGUCGCCGUACCUCGCGCAAGCUGGAGGGGGGGCGGGUAGCAAGGAUACCCCCGUGGAAUCCGCGGUGCGCGCGGGUGGCCGGUCACACUUGUCGCGCACGUAUGUCGCUCGUCGGCGGGCAAUGACUAACCGCGCGCGGCCUCGCGCUUUAACGAGAGAUAUCGUAUCCGCCGACUCCCGGCCCGCCGAUUCGGGGCUAUCGCCGUCGUCGUUAUCGUCGUCAGCGCCGGUCAGACGGGAUUUGCAUAGCAAACAGAUUGACGCGCUCGUAGUAAGUGGAUAACGAGAGGCGAGAGAUCGCGCGCGCGCGCGCGUACGCCGUAUAUAGCGCGGGAGAUCUCGCCGGGCCCGCUUGCGUACGCGGGUGUGAGUGCGUGAAUAUCGCUCGGUGCGUGCGUGCGUGCGUGCGUGCGUACGACUGGCUCGUGGUGCCAGCAGGAGGGAGGCGAGAAAGAGAUAGAGGAUACGACGGACGAGGCAAGUGCGGAGCUUAAAAUAGAAGAGUGACUUGGGCUUAAGUACGUGGCGGGAGGACGGAGCGAGUAAAACGAAAUCGGAGAGGAGAAGGGUGGAUGUUGUGCGCUCGCUCUUUUCCCCACCUCCGCGUUUCUGUGAUACGUUCGAAUUUUACGUUUCUCCGUGGGUGAAAGAGGGAACGACACGGGAGAGGACGACGGGAGUGCGCGUACACGCGCGCGUACACGCAAAAUAUAUAAAUAUCUCGCGGUGGAGUGCGUGCUUCUUCUGUGAUAAUUCCUGUAGUGCGUAUAAAUAUCGUAGUGGUGGUGGUUUUCUCACCUUUUCCGUCGUUUUCGGAAAAGAGGAGAGGGAGGGAGAUCCUCUCUCGGCGCGGAGAGCCAGAGAGAUCGCGGCCUCCGUGCGCGCUCCUCGCCCCGUCGGAAAAGGAGGCGUCGGCUCGCUCUCUGUCCCACGCGAUGGAUCGUGACUCGCGUUCGUAUUUCUGCGGAGGCUGCGAGAGGACCGCCGCCGAGGGCCGAGCUAUGCCGAUGGAGUAACAAGUGAGCGGCGAAGCGGCGUUGCCAUGACGACAGAGACCCAUACUGUGGCGAUGACAGACCCACAGCUGACCAAUAACAACAACAACAACAAUAACAACAACAACAACAACGAUGGCGAGCCAAAGUACCUGCACAAGAAGUUCAAGAAGAUGGCGACGACCGAAGUUGCGCCGAAAGUCGUCGAGAAGGAGGGCACGGCGAAUAACGUCGCCUCCGAUGAGACCCCCAAGCGAAAGGACGAUGCCAAGGACGGCAAGGAGUCGUCGAAGGAGCUCGGCGGCAAGCUCGAACCUUCCCCGGAACCGGCAGGGGGAGUCGAGCCCGCCGCCGAGUCCCGGAAGAGUGGCUACGCGUGUCCUUACUGCCCGAUGACGUGGACCAAGCCGAGUGUUCUUCAGAAACACAUCAGGGCGCACACGAACGAACGGCCGUAUCCGUGCGCGCUCUGCGGAAUCUCCUUCAAGACCAAGUCGAAUUUGUACAAGCACUGCAGGUCGCGCUCUCACGUGCACAAGAUGGAGAAGGGGGAGAAGGUGUCCGAGGAUUCCGACAUAAGUCUGUCAGAUAGUGCCAGUAAUGGCACCGGGACACCACCGCCGCCGCCAGCUUCGACGCCCACAACGGCCACGACGACGGUAUCUACCGCCGCAGUGAAGACCGUGAAGACCGGCAAGAUCUACAAGCCGAAGUUUCAAGCCCGAACGGCCCUGCAGUGCGUGAACAGCGACACCGAAACGUCUUCCUUAUCGCCCAGUUCUUCCAACAGUUCCUCCUUGUCUUCCUCUACGACCACCUCCAACUCUGUUAAACCGAACGCGGAACAGUUGCAGGAGCACAUCGACAAGAUUAUUACGGACAAUCAGGCGAUCGUUGACGCGGUAGAUCCAUGCCUGCACAAACUGAUGCACCGCCAGCAGAGCUUGGUGGAGACCAAGCAGUCGUUUGAGCAGCAGCCGUUGAACUUGUCUUCCGCAGAGGAGUCUUUAAACGUCAGAAAGCGUUGCUACAGCGACAGCUGCGCGCAAGAAGCGAAAGACAACGAGCUUCCGGAAAGUUCGAUCAUCAAAGAUCUCCUGUUGAAAACUCGCGGUUCCAUGAACGGACCGAUACUGGAGACCGCGGUGGAAAACUUCGUCUGUCCCACUUGCAACAUCCCCUACACUAGCAUAGAUAAUUUAGAGGCUCACCGUAGGUAUUAUUGCAAGGGUAUCGACAGUUCGCGAAAAGGAGCGGAUUAUCAUACGGACUUGGAGAAGCGAGAUUCUGAUUUCGACGUGAAAUCUUCCGAUUAUUACAGUACCUUGCAACCGUUACCCUCGCCGGGUCCUCUGCUGGGUAAUACUAGACUAGUCGACGCGUACGCUCCGCCUGCCAAAAAGCAAAGAACGGAAUCCGUGCCGACCAGUUUGAGGUCGUUGGAAGAGCUCAGCAAAUACCCGCGUCCGAACUCGCUGCAGAUGUUCGGCGGCGAAGUGAGGAUUCUCGACAACACGGGCGAGGUGACGAAGACAAUGAGAAUCGAGCCACGGCAGACGAAUUCGCCCACGAGCGAGCACGUGGUCAACAGCAAGUGCAUGAACUCGGAGACGGCGUCGAUAGUGGUGAAAUCGGGACUCCAUUCUGGCGGUACCAUGAUGCACAAGCCGCCAGGCACAUCGGCCAACACGUCCAACUCCUCCAUAUCCCUGCCCAAUGCGCCCAAGAUAUUGGCGCCCAUCAUACCGAACAUAUCAACCCCGAAUAUAGCGCCCACCAUGUCCUGCUACGACUACUUGGAAUCGCACCUCAACCCGCUGACGAGUAUCACUGCCUACAAUCCGUUGACUCUGCCGCAAGCUGGUAUCACGAGUAUCCUCCAUGGCGGCAAGGUGAUACCUUAUGUGCCUGGUAUGCCUGGACCGCACACUCUGACCGGUACACCGACCAUAGACAUAUCUCCGAGUAUAACGACCGGCGAAGCCGGUUUCAAGGUGAUACCGGGCCUACCGGGUCUACAUAUGAUAACUCAGCCGCUGGAUCUGGCCAGUCCGGUCAAAGUACAGCCCAGCACGGUGCCUGGCAUGCCUAGUCCGUUGUCCGGACACGUUCCUCCCAUGUUAGAUCAGCCUCUGGAUCUGGCUAGUCCGGCGAAGGAACCGAUGAAGAUCAGUUUCAAGACACCCAACGGCGACGGUCUGAAGAGCGGCCUGACCAGUCCCAAAGUUCCUAGCGUCAAGGUCGAGACCUCGACGGACAAGUAUCGCACGAGGGUACCGUCGACUCUCACCGGCGGAGAGACUGGCAAAGCGGAGCUCGAUCGUCAUAUCAAAAAUAAUACGACCGUCAAGUACAAGAGUAUAGAGAGUCCGCGGGAGAGGAAGGAUUUCGCGUACGACAAGAGCCCGAAACUGGACAAGGCUUUUAGUUAUCCGAACGGCGUGGACCCCACCAUCUCCUCCAACUCUUACAGCAAAAUGAGAUACUCGCCCAAGACCGUUCUGGAAAGCAGGAAGAGAUCGUCAAAUUGGGGCGUUAGUGAAAUGGAUGCUGGCAGAGCAGCUCCGGUAGACACUGCAAUCCCCAAGUACGAUCUACCUCCUCAUGAGAACGGUCGAUUAAAGAAUAGCGUCUCUUCGGAUGCACGUGGAUGGAUGAAGGUUGCGGAUGGAUACGGCGCGUUCAACGGCGCCAAGAUGAAGGCCGACAACGCGCCGUCGGUGAUACUUGUCAACCUAGACUCUUCCAAGACAGAAGUGCCAACGAAAACUUCCGUAGAAUUAAUUGUUAAGGACAAGCAACCCGAGGCCAAAUCGCCCAAGAGCGAUGUCGCGAAAGAAACGACUAGUGCUAAUAAGUUCUUGAGACCCACGUCUCUGCCGUUGAAACCCGGCACGUUUACGCCGAAGAAGCAUCACGGGAUCACGCCUACGGCGAAUACACUUCCUCUCAUCAGUCCGGAGACUCCGCGACCCAAGAAGUCGUACGGGCAACUAUAUCUAAAUGGGCAUGCCUACACAUAUCUGGGACUCAAGUGUUCCACUAGGGUGUUUUAUUGUACUCUGAAUCGACCGCAGCCAAUGUACGUAACGCAGCAGCACGGUCUGUCGAUGUACUCCAAUUGGAAGAUAUGCAAAGAGGCACCACCGGACGUGGACAUGGCGCACUAUGACUCUCGAAAUAGGCCCCUCAACUUCACGACCGCGUGGAAGAAACAAGAGGACAUCCUAACGCACUCCUCGUAUAGACCAACCACUCCGUCCAGUCCGGACAGCGGACUAGAUAGCGACAUGCAGGAGAAGACGAAAAGGGUCAAGAUAUUUGACGGAGGCUUCGAGAGCAACGAAGAUUACACUUAUGUGCGCGGGAGAGGUCGAGGACGCUAUGUCUGCGAAGAAUGCGGUAUUCGUUGUAAGAAACCAUCUAUGCUGAAGAAACAUAUCAGGACACAUACGGAUGUUAGGCCAUACACGUGCAAGCAUUGUACCUUUAGUUUUAAAACAAAGGGUAACCUCACGAAACACAUGAAGUCCAAGGCUCACUACAAGAAGUGCGUGGAAUUGGGCGUGGUGCCAGUCCCCACAACCGUCUGCGACGAAAACAUCGAUAAGGAUGCUAUCGCGCGACUAGCCGCCGGUGGCGGUAACACGGAGGAAUCUUCAGAGGAGGAGGAAGAGACUGACGGAGAGGAAAGCGAUGAAUCUGGUAGCGAGGAGCAGGAAGCGGCGCAGAGUCUACUGAGUCUUUCGCAGCGUAACACGUCGAGCAGAUUGCCGGGUUUGCUGCCGUCCGGCCGACCCACAACGUAUCCGUACACGUUAACUAUACCGACGACUUCCGCAGUGAGCGUCGCGUCCACCACCGCGACUACAUCGACCGUGAGUCAAAGCGUCACCACCCAGGGAACGGCUCUGAUCCAAAGCGAAUUAUCGCACCGUUACUACUUCCCGUCGAAUCGAAGUGCGACGGAAGAAACGAGGAUCAGCGUCAUUCAAUCGUCGAAGAAAGACGACUCCGACUUUGAGAUCGAGGAAAUCACCGAUGUCGCGGAGUCGCGCCAUCAGCUGUCGCAGCCCAUGGAUCUCACGACGAAGCAGACCACUCAAGUGUUGCCCUCGCCGGUACCGCAUAGAGCAAGACCCGUGGACAUUCUGACACCCGUUUCGGAGCCGGUCCUACUCCAGACGAUAGUCCAAACGAUGGAACGGCUGCCUAUACAGGGUAGAGAAUGGAAACCGGACGCGGAGGGACACAUGUUGCAGGCCUACCUCACGGAGAGACAUGUGAUGGACAGCAAAAUUAAGCAGCAGUAUCGCGUGGGAAGUACCAAGGACAACAAACAGAUACAGGAGAGAGACGUUUACCCGCGGCAUCAAGAUCCGAGCAGGCCCAGGCACGUAGAGUCCAACGGCACUCCAACGGUGACGUACACCGAUCCCAGCAAGAUGCAACAUACCGUUAGCGAGUCUACGAUCAAGUACAUAACGAAGUUAAGUGAGGACAUUAAGAUGGAAAUCAGGGAAAAGAUUUAUCAGAACAACAUGACGAUGGAGAGACGAACGUUCGAUUACGAGGCUAUUCACAAAAGUAAGGAACAGACUAACCGUAUGGUUUCGGAUCGUGAGAAUUUUGAGCUUGGUCUAACCAAUGGUCCCGCUGGCGCGAGACCGAGUAUCGAGUACGGUCUGCCCAUGGCCAGGAACGGUGGUUCGAUCGAGAGACCGAAUUGUUCUAUUGUACCCAUUCGCAGCACGUCCCGUAUCGAUUGCCAUUCACCGAAAUGCCUGAAUAUGGACGUCAACAACCGACCACCGUUGAUGCAACACGCGAACAACGAUAUCGAUAGAAGUUCCAUGUUCAACGCGAUGAAGAUGGUGAGCGAGAUGGAAAGACCUAGGGAGUGCCAUCCCGUCGGUCAAGAAAUGAGGUCUGCGAGUCACGAGAUGAGACCCGCAGCCAACGAUGUUCGAAUGCAGAAUCACAGUCCGCGGAAUCUCGACCUGAGGCCGCCCAGUAGAGAGAUCAGAACGCCCGGUCAAGAGUACAGAGCGCAGAGUCAAGAACUCAGGCUACCGAGUCAACAGGAGUACAAGAUACGCGGUCAAGACAUAAGACCGCCCAGUCGUGAAUACAAGCCGGCGUUCGCUCAUGACAUGCAGGUCAUUCAGGAGCUCAUGCCGUCAACAAACAUGGAAAUCCGGCAGACGAAUCCGGAUAAUAGACCGCCGAGCCGUGACAUGAGAGGCCUCGCGGAGUACAGAGCGCACGCGCAAGACCCACGUGCCAGCUACGAGAUGUUGCAGCCUAUACACGAGCCGCCCAAGUCGCAGAACGUGGAUGCGAGAAGCGCGUCACCGCAGAAGACACGAGUUCUCUAUUACGAUAUAAAGCACGCCGCGGACAUGGUUAAACAGAAUACAUUGGACAGCAUGAAACACGCGAUGGCCGGCAAGGUAGUCGUCGGUGGGCCGGACUUUCGAUCGCCGUCGCCAAACACGGGAAGCGCAAAGCCGCAGGCGGAAUUUUUACAACCGUCGAGUGGUCCGGCGCCCAACUACGUCAGUGUCACGGAGGACGGUAGGACUGCAUGCGGGAUUUGCAACAAGGUGUUCAGCAAGCCUAGUCAGUUACGGUUGCACCUCAAUAUUCAUUAUUUUGAGCGGCCGUACAGAUGCGACCAUUGUGCAGUUUCUUUCCGAACUAAAGGCCACUUGACGAAGCACGAGAGAUCCGUUUCCCACCAUAAUAAGGUCAGUAUGACGUCUACGUUUGGCGCGGCGACUACCAGCAACCCUAGGCCUUUCAAGUGUACAGACUGCAAGGUGGCGUUCAGAAUACAUGGACAUUUGGCCAAGCAUCUACGCAGCAAGAUGCACAUCAUGAAGUUGGAAUGCCUGGGCAAACUUCCGUUUGGAACGUAUGCGGAGAUGGAGAGAUCUGGCGUCAACUUGAAUGAUAUCGACACUACGGACUGUGAUAAUAGUCUUAAUAGUCUGCAGAUACUGGCUCAAAAACUAGGCGACAAGGAUCCAGCGAAGGUCGCGCAGUGGGACUCGGAGGCUCUGCCCGGGCCGGUCGUGAGCGGCAGCGAGACCUCGUCGGACGAGGGCGAGCCUAUACCGCAGCACGCGCUCCACGCGCAAUACGCGAAGGCGACCACAGACGUGGACGUUCCCCGACCAUAUCACAUGUCGCUCGUCCCCGAGAAACCGAAGGCCAUCGGCGAUGCUCGCCUGCGCAGCCCUCAGUUUAAUCAGCAGAGACGCGACUACGUCGUCAAGGAGCAGCGACCGAUCCCGCUGGUCGUCCCGGCGGAGGACGCGAGGGCGGAGGACAGUUUACAAUCGUACAAGUGCCAAGUUUGCCCCGUAUCUAUGCGUACUCUAAACGAGUUGCAGGUACACUGUUUUGUUGAACAUAGUAUUGAGACGGAUUCUAGUACAAAUAUUCACGGCGACAGGAGUGCGGGUAAAUGUAGCAGGGAAAAAGAGAAUACUCAGAAAAGAAUUAUGGAGGAGUCCGCGGUGAAGGAAGACCACAAAAGACAGAGGAUAGAGGAUACAUAGUGCCAAAACGACAUAGCGUGCUAAACAAUUCUUUUCGAGUGGUGUAUCUGCCAUAUUACUUAGAGAAAACGCGGUUAUAAUAAUAUAUCAUAUAUAAAACGCAUCACAGAGAUAUCCUAACGAAAGAAACAAAAAUCUCGGUCGUCCUGAAGAAUUAUUUCGCUAGGUGAUAUACGACUAAUGACGAUUCUCAUUUGAAGAGGUGUUUCGUGGAAAAUGAACGGUGCAAGGAGUUGAAGCGACACGUUACUCGAGAGCCGCGUGUGCACAAGUACAGUUUACAAUUUUUUACGUUGCCGUCGCCAAGUGUUCCGCAAAUUUCUGAGGACUUUACAAAAGAUCGCGCGAGAAAAGUAUGAACCUAGAGUAGCAUUCGCGCGAGUACCAAUAACGCGAUGCGCAUUAAUGAAGAAUUUACACGGUCACGAGCGCGUUUCCUCUAUCGCGGCAUCAAUUUCGAAAUUGCGCAAACAGAUACAACUGCUCGUACAGUACUCCCGCAAGAGAUUUUAAACUCUUCCCCUCGAAACCGGCACGUAUGAGGUAAAAACGAAAGAAAAACCCGUCAUUCGAUAAUAUUUAUACACGCAAUAGUGUUUCUCGUAGUGAGCAUGAGGUGCAAUGGACUGGCAUGUGAUUCUAUAUAUUUAAAGCACAAACGUGUUACUUUCGACAUAUUGAAGAGUAUUCUAAUAUUACAAAUUAAUAUUAUACUUUAAAUUGGUAUAUGAAACUCAUAUAUAAUACACACAACAUACGCACGCUUAUACAUAUAUAUAUACAUAUAUAUGUGUAUUUGUACGAUAUUAGUAUGAACUAUGAGAAUUAUUGUUGACGUAAGAGAAAAUGUGUUUGUAUAUAUUUAUGUAUAAUAUAACGAGAAAUCAUGUUAGACUCCAUUCUAGUUUUAAGAAAUCCAAGAAGCUGUGUCGGUUGCUCAGAUUACCUGUAAAUUUAAGCGCUUUUAAUUCCCCUCGGUCUUCCGUGUCUUAAAAGAUUCUUUUGUAAGCAAGAGUCAAGCGGUGAGUAUCUCGAUAAGUUCCGGUACGCGUUGCCGAACCGUUUAGUUACCCUCGUAUAUACUCUGAUAUUAUUAGUUACUUCUUUAAUCCUAAUCGAUCGUCAUGGUCUGAGGGACCGAUUCGCUGAUUCUGUUGAAGAUAACCGAGCCUCCUGCUAUCUAUCGAACUGUCCACGUCGAAGAACCGCGUGAAUUUCUCUCGCGUUACACACUUUGCAAUUACGCGUCUUAUCAAUCUCUCUCUCUGUCGAGCGAGCGAGAGCAGGCUCGAGGAAACUAAUUUAUUUAUUUCGACAUGGAAAACAGCUCUUCGCAUGAUUUCUCGCUGGUGACGAUUUGUAAUACGACUGCGGCGAGCAGCCCGGAGAGGCCGUGCACCUUCCACGAGCGAACAGCCAACCGUAUAUAUAAAUAUAUCUUACAGUUAACCGUCUAUCUAACGCUACGCGCGGUCUUGAUAUUUCACUCGAGCACGAGAAUGUCUUUCCUACUCCGCAUAAUCAGACUCCGGUCAUCACGGUUCGUACCUAAAUAGGGGGUGUGCUUGAGACCCGGGAACAAGAGGGACGAUGCACGGAGAGAAUUUUCAUUUAAAAUUUACCCGGAAAA